GAGCAGGACUCUCGAUAUACCCCCACGCCCGGGUUCUAUCGUAGCCCCUACGAUACGCGAUCUAUAUACAGCCCCUCCCCCUCCCUCAAGGCCGCGUUCCGACAAGCGUACGAUAUAAUACUUGACGAUAGUCUGGAUCUGGAGCAGGUCUAUAAAGACCAAGACCCGAAAUUCUUCAUUGACAAAGGAAUCAAAAGGGGCAUUACUCGUCGUUUUGUCGAGGAUAUUCCAAGGUAG